AUGCCAAUUGAAGUUAUUGUUGCGGGCUUACCGCGUUCUGGUACACUUUCAAUGCACAAUGCACUCGAACGAUUGGGUUAUUAUAAAACAAUACAUACACUCGCUCAUAGAACUACUACAGAACAAAUGGAAGCUUGGAGAGAAAUUUAUGAGAAGCAUCUAGAGAAAACAUGGACCAAUGAUGAUUGGCAAAAAAUGAUGAAUACGGUAUAUCGAGAUUUUGUUGGAACGGCUGAUGCUCCUUCUUGUGAUUUUGCUGUUGAACUUGCUAGAGCUUAUCCUGAAGCAAAGGUCAUUCUCCUUUAUCGAGCUCCUGAUAAGUGGUACAAAUCGCAUCAACAUCUUCGGGCUCAAUUUAAUUUAUCCUACUGGGAACUCUUUCUAAUUCUUCAAGAAAAAAGAGCACGAUCGCUUGUUCAAAUGGCACGCGCGGAAUAUGCAUGGUGGGACGAAGUGUACGACUAUUCUAACCGAGGCAAAGAUGUUAUGCCAUUCUAUAUGAAUAAAAUCAGAACAAAUAUUGAUGCGAAACGAAUUUUAGAAUUUAAAGUACAAGAUGGUUGGGAACCAUUGUGCAAGUUUUUAGGCAAAGAAAUUCCAGAAGAAGAUUUUCCUCACAGUAAUGAUGCUCAAGCUUUAAGUGAAGAGCGUAACCAAAUCAAGAAUGAAGCUUUGGCUAUUGUAGUGCAACGGUUAAAGAAAGUACUGAUAACAAUUAGCAUGUUGACAAUCGUAGGUUCAAUUUAUUGGCGAGGACUCUUUUUCAAUUGGAGCUAG